UUGUGAUCUUUAACGGGACAGUCGGCGUUUUCUUCACGACACCUCAGCGUCUCCGCUCCCACUGACGGCGCUGCGCCGCGGAUCGUGUCCGUUAGGAAAAGACUUCCUACUGGUUUUUUUCCUCCCGCUUUUUGGGUUUGUUUCUUCGUGUUUUCAAACUUAAGUCUUUGGAUCUUUGGAAAGGUGCAGCCUUCCUGAAACUCAUCGUCCUCACAGACCAGAGAGGAACGCAGGAACCAAGACCCCGAAGAGGGUCAGCAGCAGAUGACCUUUGACCUGAAGAUCCGGGGCGUUUUUGUGAGGACCGCCAGUGAACGCCUCGUCGUUGUGACAGGAUGCUGCGGGUGGCGGUGGUCGGCGCCGGGGCAGCCGGGCUCUGUGCUGCCAAACACAUCCUGUCCUCCCCAAGCAGCUUUGCCCCCCCAGUGGUGUUUGAGGCCACAGGCGGCGUUGGCGGGACCUGGUGCUACACGGAGCACGUGCACGAGGACGGGCGCCCCGUCUUCAGCAGCAUGUACCGAGACCUCAGGACCAACCUUCCUAAAGAAGUCAUGAUGUUCCCCGACUUCCCCUUCGCCUCCCACCUCAGCAGCUUCCUCCCCCACCAGGAGGUUCUGCGGUACCUGGAGAACUACUGCCAGAACCACGGGGUCCAGCCCCACAUCCGGUUCAACACGCUGGUGGAACGGGUGAAGCCUGUCGCCAUGACAACCGAGGCUGUGAGGGAGAAGACUGUGUGGGAAGUGACAUCAUCAGACGCAUCGGGCCGUCGGAGGGUGGAGACGUUCGACGCCGUGUUGGUGUGCUCGGGGCACUACUCAGACCCCCACAUCCCGGACCUGCCGGGGAUUCAACACUUUAAAGGUCAGCUGCUCCACAGCCACUCGUACAGGUACGCAGAGCCGUUCUCAGGUCAGUCCGUGGUGGUUCUAGGAGCCAAAGCGUCUGGUCUGGACAUUUCCAUCGAACUGGCCAAAGCUGGAGCUCGGGUGACGCUGAGCCACGGUUAUCCUCGCUUCAGCUUUCCUCUUCCGGCCGGGAUCCAGCAGGCCAGCUCGGUGGUGGCGGUCCAGGACGACGGCAGCCUUCUUUUCCAGGACGGCUCUUUGGGUCGGGCCGACGUCCUGAUGUUCUGCACCGGCUAUAACUUCCGGUACCCGUUCCUCGAUGCGGCUCAGCUGGGGCUGGAGGUGGAGGAUCACCUGGUGACACCUCUUUACCGCUUCAUGGUGCCCCCUGCGUUCCCCUCGCUCUUCUUCAUCGGCAUCUGUAAAAUCAUCUGCCCCUUCCCUAACUUCAACUGCCAGGUGCAGUUCGCCCUGGCCGUGUUGGACGGCUCCAUCUCCUUACCGUCUCGUACACAGAUGGAGGACGAGGUUCGGGGGGACCUGCAGAGAAAGCUGGAUCGUGGCGUUCAGCGGCGCCACCUGCUGAAGAUGGACCAGGACCAGUGGCAGUACUGCGAGGGACUGGCCCGCUCCGCCGGCUUCCCGCCUCUGCCUCCGGUGGUGCGCAGCCUGUACGAGGAGGUGUGGCGGCAGCGGCAGAUUCACCCGGAAAACUACCGGAACCUCAACUACAGGCUCGUCAGCGACACCCAGUGGGAGGUGGUGAACUGACCCGGGAGCCAAUGAGAGAACAACCUCUUACCUUCCAUGUGGGAGGAGCCUUUGUCGCGACAAAGUAUUUCUUAACGAAAGCAUCGUGAAUUUAGAGGCGACAAUCACCGAAACAUCCAACUUCUUUCUGCUCUGAAAGGAGGAGCAGCUCAGGCCAUUUUACUGUGGUGCCAUCUUGUGGCCGUCAUGAGAACUGCACCUGCAGAGGUCACUGAACUCUCCAGACUUCUCCAGGAUGGAUCUUAGUUGAAGCAGUCAUCCUCCUCCUCUUUAAAUAAUCUCCAGUGAUCUUUUAUUAUCAUCCAAUCAUGCACUUUAGGUCCUACGACUGUUUCUAUUUACAUCUCUGCUUUAGUCUGAGGAAAUUAAAUAAUACAAAGCUGAAACGUUUAAUUUUUAUCUCCAAAAUAGAUAUAUUUGAAGAUUGUGAGCAUCUGCAGAAGUACAAAUGGUUACUUUCUUUGUUUUUGUGAUGCAACUUAAAAAAAAAUAAAUAAAAACUAUAAUUUUUUUUUUUUUUCUGAAAAAGAAUAGUCUUCCUGUUGAUGAGCUGUAAUGAGCAGAACUUCCAGGAGAUUUUUUCUCAUUUCACUCAGAUUUUAAAAGAAAACAACUACUUCAAAACUACAAAAGCAUAUUUCAGAACUCCCAAACGUUAAAAUCUUUUUUUUUUUCUACUGCACCCUUGAAAUUUGUUUCUGACUUCAACCAAAUUCUUUCUAAAUGUUGCUUUAAAGUGGGUGAAUGGAUCAAUAUAAUCAAUACCAAUCAUUUGCUUUCCUGCUCAUUAGAAAAUUUUACCAGAAAUUACCUAAGACUUGAAAUUCAUCUGUCAUUGUUUUACAUAAAUAUCUGAAUGAUCUGGUUUUCCUCAAUGCAGGGGUUUGGCGGCCCGCAAGAACAGUUUUUGUGGCCUUCAAUAAAUCAUAAUUGAUGGUUA